AUGUAAACAAUAGAGAGUGAAGAUAAAAAAAUUUGUUAAUUUCACAAAUUAGAAAUAGUAGUAGUAGAUUUAAAUGUAUAAACUAAAGUAGAUAAUAAAUAUUAUUGUACAAUGUGUUUGGUUGAGAAAUUUGAUAAUAAUAAUAAUAUGACAAUGAUUAAUUAAGUCAAUGAAAUGAUAAAAAACAUGACUAUUUAAUCAGAAAGAAUUUUUAAGGAAGAAUAGGUUCUUAGACUAUCAUCUUUACAAUAAUUAUAAUCAUCAAUAAAGUCAUUCAAAGUUUUUAUUAAGACGGAGCUUACAAAAUUACUUUAAUAAAUUGAUUUAUAUAUUGAAUAGAUCUAAAAAGAAGUAGAAUCAUAAGAAACUAAAUUAGAAAAAAAGAACUUUGAUGAUUAAAUUCAAAUUCUAUCAUAAAAUUAUAAAGGAAAUUUAUGUUACAAUAUUUAAUUAUAAGAGAUUAAUAAAGAAAAAGAUUUCUAAUUAGCAUAAUUUGUUUAAGAAUCCCUAUUAUCUUACUCAAAAUCAUAGAAUUUUGAUUAAAUUAUGAAAUCUAUUGAAUUGAUAAUAUCAACUAUUCCAAUAAAUUUAUAGAAAAAUAUCAUUUAUGCAGCAUCUACAUAAGAACAAGGAUCAAAUGUAAAUUCUUCUCUAAUUUUAGGAAAAUAAGAUUUGUAAAAAACAUAACUAGGAAAUAAUUAUGAUUAAUAUAAGUUAAGAAAAAUCAGAAUUCAGUAGAUGGGCUUGUAUAGAAUGUAUUGAGGAAAACCCUAUUUAAUAUGUUAGUUUAAAAGAGGCAAAAAAAAGGUGGAUUAAUUACAUAGAUUAAUCAAAGGAUUUAAUUUUUACAAAAACUGGUAGUAGAAAAUAAAAAUUAUAAAUUAUUUUAUAAAAAAUUAAGUAAAUAAAAACCAAUUUAAAUAAUUAACUAUAAGAAAUAUUAAUUAUUAUAGAAAAAUAAAUAACUGAGGAUUAUUAAACAUAUGAGGAUUUUCUAUAAUUAGGCAAGAAAUAGAUAUUUGAAUUAGAAAAAACUUAAUUUGAAAAGUUAAUUAAUUUAUUAAUUUAAAAAGAGAAAAAUAAAGAAAUACAGGAACAAUAAGAAAAAUAAGCUAUCCUUGAUUACAAGGUUUAUUCAAACAUAAAUACAAAUUUAGAUAGUCUUCUUGAAAUUUAUUUACUUAGUAAGUAAUAAUUAUUAACAAUUAUUUUAUAAUAAGGUAUUUAUAUUAAAAAUUAAUAGAUUCACAAUAAAUUGGAGUUAAUAAUUUUUUGGAUACUAAAUUGAUUCCUGAAAUGCACUAGUUUAUUUCAAAAAUUGAAAUUUAAAUCUAGUAUUUAAAUAAUCUCAAUGAACCUAUUAAAUUAUAAUAAGAAUUAAAGUAAGAUUAACACAUAGAACAACAAGAUCAAUGUUAUUAAUAAUUGAAAAACAAUGAAAUAAUUUAGCAAUAAUAAUUACUUGAAAUAACAGAAUAAUAAUUGAGACUUUAAUUUGAAGAAAAAUAAGAGACUAAUUAAAUUAAUUAAUUAUAAAUACAAGAAAUUAUAGUAAUUUCAAAGAAUAUUAGAGAUUUAGAAAAUAAUUUGAAUAGAAGCAUAUAAAUUGUGGAUCAAGAAUAAGGACAAUAAUAAUAUCAAUAACAAGAUUUAUUUAAAUAAUAUAAUUUAUAAGAAAAGUUUAAUGUUUUUGAUGAAAAAUUACAACAGCUAACUGUUUAAAUAAUUGAUUUAAAGUCAGAAUUUAUUUAAAUAAAUUAAUAAAAGAUAAAUUUAUUAUAAUCAGGAAUUAAUUAAUCAUAAUUUAAGUUUGAAGAAAAUAUGGAAUCUAAAUUUUAGAUCCUUAAUUAACAAAUUUAAUUCCGAUUAGAAGAAAAUUAUUCUUAAAUUAAGAUAUUGGAAUAAUACUAAUAAUCACUUAGUGAGUUGGUAAAAGAAGUUUAAAAAUCAAAUGAAACAAUUUAUUAGUUAAUAAAUAAUGUUGAUUAAUAGAAUACAUAAAUAUAAAAACUAUUUGAAAUAAUUUAAUUAAGUUAAAAAUAGCAACAUUUAUUUGAGGCACUUUUAAAACCAAAAAUUGAAAUUUUUCUUAAACUUUAAUUAAUUCCUGGUGUAAAACCAACCUUAUUAAAUAAUAAUUUUUGGAUUAGAUUAUUUUCUUACAUAUAAGAACAAUCAAAAAAAAAUGUAAAAUCAUCUUAAUUAGUUUAUAAAGGAAGUUAAGAUGGAUUAAAUAGUAAUUCUUUUUGGAAUUGUUGUAAAGGUAAGGGUUAUUUACUGAUGAUAUUUAAAUCUUUAAGCGGAAAUGUUUUUGGUGGAUAUUCGCCCUGUGUAUGGUAACAUCACAGUGGCAUUUAUGUAUAAGAUGAUUCAUUAACAUCAUUUUUAUUCUCUUAAAAACAUGAUUAAAUAUAUCCUUUGAUAAAAAAUAGAAAAUAAUAUGCGAUUCGUUGUAAUUCUAGUCAUGGGCCUAAAUUUGGAUAUGCUCAUGAUAUAAGUAUAUAUUCUGAUUUUAAAAGUGGAUAUUCUAAAAUAGGUGAUACGUAUUAAUGUAAUAAUUAUCAGGAUAAGUAAUCGAGUUAUUUAUUUGGAUAGGAUAAGCCAAAUAUAAUUGAAUGUGAAGUAUAUGAAUUGAUUUUUACAUGA